AUGAGUGAAGCUAGUUCCUAUUCGGGCACUCGAGUUUCAGGCUGUAUAACAUCAAUGGCAAUAUUUCUUGGUGGCAUCUCUCUUUCUUUUACAUUACUAAUUCACUCAUCAGUUCAUGCAACAACAUCAAUUUCUCAUGUUUACGUUGUAUAUUUAGGCGCUAACCGGCUAAACAAUGCUGCUUUAGCAUCAAAUCACCAGCUUCAUCUUCUCUCCAAAGUAUUUACAAGCAAAGUAGAUGCGGAAAGAUCGAUGUUGUACAGUUACAGCUAUGGCUUCUCAGGUUUCUCUGCAAAACUCAACUCAACACAAGCUGCUUCUUUAGCAAAAAUGGACCAGGUCAUAACGGUUUUCAAGAGCAAAAGCUUCAAGUUGCACACCACAAGGAGCUGGGAUUUCUUAGGUCUCACCGGCGACAAUGGUGGUCGUACUCCACCUCCGCCGCAGCUCGCCUAUGGCUCCGACGUCAUUGUUGGAAUCUUCGACACUGGGAUUUGGCCGGAGUCGAAGAGUUUCAGAGAAUCGGCGGAGGCGAAACCGAUACCUUCGUCGUGGAACGGAAAAUGCGUCGGAGGGGAAGAUUUCGACCCAUCCGUACAUUGCAAUCGCAAACUCAUCGGUGCUCGGUUUUACAUCAAAGGAUUCGAACAGACGUACGGCCCGAUCGACCGUACUCGAGAUCCAGAAUACCGAUCGCCGCGCGAUUAUCUCGGUCACGGCACACACACAGCUUCCAUCGCCGUCGGAUCCGUUGUCCACAACGUCUCCGGCUUCUCCGGUCUAGGACACGGCACCGCUCGCGGCGGAGCUCCAUCGGCGAGGCUAGCAGUGUUCAAGACUUGCUGGGGGAAGGAUCUGGAAGGCGUUUGCACUGAGGCCGAUAUCUUAGCAGCUUUCGACGACGCGGUUCACGACGGCGUCCACGUGAUCUCGGCGUCUUUCGGUUUAUCGCCGCCGUUAUAUCCGUUUUUCGAGUCGAGCGCAGACAUCGGUUCCUUUCACGCGGCGGAGAGAGGAAUCAGUGUUGUUUUCUCUGGCGGAAACGACGGGCCUGAUCCCGGCGUUGUUCAGAACGUCGCUCCUUGGGCAAUUUCCGUUGCAGCUUCCACAGUUGAUCGGAGUUUUCCCACCAGAAUUGUUAUCGACGGCAAUUUCACUCUCACGGGUCAGAGCUUGAUUUCUCAGGAGAUCACUGGUACAUUAGCUGCUGCAACAACGUAUUUCAAUGGAGGAGUUUGCAAAUGGGAGAACUGGUUGAAGAAUUUGGCCACUGACACAAUAAUUCUGUGCUUCUCUACUUUGGGUCCGGUUCAGUUCAUCGAAGAAGCACAAGCUGCUGCCAUAAGAGCAAACGCAUCCGCGUUAAUAUUUGCAGCCUCACCCACCAAACAGCUAGCCGAAGAAGUAGACAUGAUCCCAACUGUUCGUGUUGAUAUUCUUCAUGGGACAAGGAUCAGGAACUAUCUUGCUCAUUCGCCUACAGUGCCAGUGGCGAAAAUUGGACCGAGCAAAACUGUUAUUGGAGAGAUCACAGCACCUUCCGUUGCAUACUUCUCUUCAAGAGGACCUAGCUCACUAUCACCUGAUAUUCUCAAGCCAGAUAUUACAGCACCCGGUAUUGGGAUAUUAUCGGCAUGGCCUCCCAAAACUCCACCUACACUGUUACCAGGAGAUCACCGAUCUAUUGAGUGGAAUUUCCAGUCGGGAACAUCAAUGUCAUGUCCUCAUGUGGCUGGGGUUAUGGCGCUUCUCCAGUCAGCUCAUCCCGACUGGUCACCAGCUGCAAUCAGAAGCUCUAUCAUGACCACAGCGGAUAUGAGGGAUACGAGCAAUGACUUGAUCCUCUCUGGUGGAUCUAUGAAGUCCAUUGACCCAUUUGAUACCGGGGCCGGGCAUAUUAACCCUUUGAAAGCCAUGGACCCUGGCCUGGUUUACAGUACCAGAACAGAAGACUAUGUGCUCUUCUUGUGUAACAUUGGCUAUACAGACCAGCAAGUAAAAUCCAUGAUUCUCCCCUUUGAUUCUGUUACAUGUCUCCCGUCUCACUCAUAUCGAACCAAUGCAGAUUUAAACUAUCCAUCUAUUACCAUACCGAGCCUGAAAUUCACCAGAACCAUAAAACGUACUGUAAGCAAUGUUGGUACAAACAAAAACACGGUUUAUUUCGUGGACAUUAUUAAACCAGCGGGAGUAGAAGUUGCGAUCUGGCCGCGGAUUCUUGUGUUCUCGAGAUGCCAACAAGAACACUCAUAUUAUGUUACAUUCAAGCCCACCAAGAUUCACUCUGGUCGGUAUGUAUUUGGGGAUAUUAUAUGGACAGAUGGGAUUCAUCGAGUUAGAAGUCCGCUGGUUGUGUUCUUGAGCAACGGUGGUAUUUUGCAAGCAGUAAAGAAAAACAUGUAA